AUGGCUGCACCAACUCAGGCCUAUCCACCUUGGUUGACGCCUGUUCCGUCUGUCGUCACUGAUGCUGCUGGCGAGCCAACCACAUCGACCAGCAUCGAGUACUUGCCACUCACGUACUACGGGCCAAGUAUACCAUUAGGUACACUCUGGGUCUAUGGUGGCUCCCUCUCGCCUGUAUUCAGCAUCACGACUCUCGCAUCAACCACGAUUACAGCAACCAUUGCUCCUACCACUUCCCCUACGACUAUCUCUGCGAUACCAACGACCUCUAUAACGACUUCCUCCCCCGAAAUGCCCUCUUCCUCCUCCCUCUCCUCCUUUACCUCUGCGAUACCAACGACUUCUAUAACGACUUCCUCCCCCGAAAUGCCUCCUUCCUCCUCCCUCUCCUCCUCCUUUUCUUCCACUACUGCCACUUCUACCACUUCUCUUCUUACGACCUCAUCUGCUUCUGUAUCAUCUCAUCUAACAUCAUCAUCUACAUCAUCUUCAUCUAUCCUACCAACACCUACUGUAACUCCGGCUGGCAACCUUUCCAGAGGCCAACUAAUCGGGAUCAUCGUCGCUGGCAUCCUGACCCUCAUCUUCAUCUUUGCAUGUCUCAUCUUCUUCUGGCUCUGUUACAAGCAACGUAGGAACAGGAAUUCGCGCACCCGAUUCUCGUACAUCACGCCCAUUGACGAAGACUAUUUCGUCAUCGGUCCUGGCGGGCGCUCACCAGGAGAAGGCUCUCCAAGACAUAGCGGUGAAGAAGCAGAUCCCUUCUUGCAGCGUAGCAGGGGCCCCAUCGCAGGUCCCUCUGGAACUCAGACUCAAGAAAUGACGCAGGUUGGCCCAGAGCUUGGCGUUCGCUCUCCCCCAAGAAUGCCUUUGCCUCCCACCGGCAGUCUUUCAUCUUCCGGUUCCUCAUCCACCGGUGCUUCUGGGUACGGCGUGCUCCUUGACCGCCCCAGCUUGGGCUUGCUACCAUCUACGCCCGAAGAAAAUGUGGGGGAACAUGAGCCACUUUCAUCGCAUGAUAUGCAACGUAUUCAGAACGAGUCCGUGCUCCCGUCUGAUCAAGACCAACCCGACGAAGAGUACACAGGUGCCUACGCGUACUCGAAUUCGCCUCUGCUCCCUCCCCCUCGGUUGGUUGACCCAGAAACAGCUUACCGUCCCAUGGACCCACUUCGACCCCCGUUCAAGAGCAGCCCAUCUCACCUCUCGCAUCAAAGUUCUUAUCCUCUUGAUGCCGAGGAAGCUGUGACACUCACUGCGCGCCGAGUAAGAGUUGAAAGCGUCUCGCCACAUUACUCACCGCUCAGUACCGGGUCCCCUGCAGGCCCAAGCACCAGUGGUAGUGGCCUCCUCGACGCUCUCAGGCUGAGUGGGCUCGGCCGAUUCAGCUGGUUCAAUACCUCUUCUGAGCCCAGACAUUCUACGCACUCGCAGGACUACACCGUUGAGCCGUUCACUGAUGCGGAUUUUGAGCAAGGACGGCUGAGGAAUCCAAACUUGGGCCAACAGCAGGUUGGAUUGGGACCGGAUGGGGUUAGGCCGACGUCGAAUAUCAGCGCGAGGAGUGCAGCGUCAGGCGGUACUGUGUAUCAUGAUGCAUAUUCGUCUGCCCCUAGUACACCGGUGUUGGCGCUUCCACCAAGGGCUGUGACGCCUCCUGAGGUUCCUGCAGGCGAGCAAUCGUGGUUGUCAGGAUCGUCGUCUGCUCCACCACCGGCUUACGAGGAUCCCUACUCUGACCCAGCUCCAGGUGGGACAAGCUUCUCUACGCAGACUGGAACUGGGGAUAUUCUGGACACGCCCGCCCCUCCUUCUGCCAUCCCACAUUUUGUGAGCUCGACCUCGUUGAGAGAUUCGAACACUACCAGCAGCAUUGCGUUGAGGAACCAUCCUUAUCCACCUGGCUUGGCGUUAGUUUCACCCAAGGCGUGGGCGAACUCGGAUUUGUCGUCUACGGCGUCUGGAUCCCCUGUUCAUCUUGUGUCACCGCAUAUGGACUCGCCGGGUGGGGCUGAUGUGACGAUUGAUAUUGAUAUCUUGGAAGAGGAACCCCCGAAUGCGGGAGAAGGAUGGAGGACGAUGGCUUCUGGAUUGUUUGGGCCUGCUGGAAGGCGGACGACGUUUGGUUUGCCCCAAUAUGUAUACCAACCAGACUUUUUGUCCGAACAAGGCUCACUCCACUCUAUGCGCUCACACAUGGCUCCAUCGUCAAGGUCGACCGGGUCUGCAUCUGCUUCGCGACGCGAGAUGGGUGGUUCCUUUGGCUCGAACUCGUCCAGACCUUCUGCGUACUCCGCUGUAUCCGCUACACACAACUCUCUAAGCCGACAAGGAAGCCUAGGCUCCGACGGGUUUGGACGUCGACGCGUCGGUGGCCCUAUUUCUCCAGCCCUCUCAGCUCUAGGGCCAAUGUACCGCCGCUCUCAGUGGAUGGCUGGGUCUGGAUCUGAUUCCCUUUCCGGUUCUGGGUCAGGUGGAUCCGGGUUUGGGCUGGCGUCUGUUGUGGAGCAACAGCAACCUGCGCCUGCUGCGAUGGUUGGACCUCCACCUUCUGCGCAUGUGUCUCCUGACAGGAGUACGAUAAGGACUGUUACUUCUGGAUCGGCGACUUUGAGGGAUGAUGAGAGGAGGACGACGGCUAGUCCGCCGUUGAGUCCUUCGUUUGCGCCGUGGGCUGUGGGAUUGGAUCAGGAUUGGACACCAGCGUGAGGCGUUAGGU